CUAGGCGAGCUCAGACAUCACUCCAGCUCAGACAGUCCGCAAUCUCCUCCUCUGAAGGAAUAUGAAAUACCUCGAGCCCAAACCAGGGCUGUGAGGGCAAAUUUGCACGAAGACUGCAGGGCUGCCUCCUCGCCCGAAGGCAACCGAGUCCAUGACCUGGGGGAUUCCUCAGCACAUACUUCUCUGGGCAACAAAAGAAGGACCACUUGCCCACAAAGUACUUUCCAACCACUAGCAACAGCACCUCAGUGCAGUUCCGAAAACUGAGCAGCCGGACCUGCGUCAAGACUCUGCAGCCCCUAAGAUGGCCGCGGUCGCUUCUGGCCCCUCCCCCGCUGCGGCCCCGCCUGCCGCUCUGGUUCGCCUUCGCCCCGGAAGUGGAAGUAGGGAUUGAGGUCAGAGGGCGGAGCCGCUGCUUGGAGACGGCGGGAGCUCUUCCACCAUGGCUGCCGGGCCGAUCUCGGAGCGGAACCAGGAUGCCACCGUAUACGUGGGGGGCUUGGAUGAGAAGGUUAGCGAACCAUUGCUGUGGGAACUGUUUCUCCAGGCAGGACCAGUAGUCAACACCCACAUGCCAAAGGAUAGAGUCACUGGCCAGCACCAAGGCUAUGGCUUUGUGGAAUUCUUGAGUGAGGAAGAUGCUGACUAUGCCAUUAAGAUCAUGAACAUGAUCAAACUCUAUGGGAAACCUAUACGAGUGAACAAGGCAUCAGCUCACAACAAAAACCUGGAUGUGGGGGCCAACAUUUUCAUUGGGAACCUGGACCCAGAGAUUGAUGAGAAGCUGCUUUAUGAUACUUUCAGCGCCUUUGGGGUCAUCUUACAAACCCCCAAGAUUAUGCGGGACCCUGACACAGGCAACUCCAAGGGUUAUGCCUUUAUUAAUUUUGCUUCGUUUGAUGCUUCGGAUGCAGCAAUUGAGGCCAUGAAUGGGCAGUACCUCUGUAACCGCCCUAUCACUGUGUCUUACGCUUUUAAGAAGGACUCCAAGGGUGAGCGCCAUGGAUCAGCAGCUGAACGUCUUCUGGCAGCUCAGAACCCACUCUCCCAGGCUGACCGCCCUCAUCAGCUGUUUGCAGAUGCACCUCCUCCACCUUCUGCUCCCAAUCCUGUGGUAUCAUCGUUGGGGUCUGGGCUUCCACCACCAGGCAUGCCUCCUCCUGGCUCCUUCCCACCCCCAGUGCCACCUCCUGGAGCCCUCCCACCUGGGAUACCCCCAGCUAUGCCUCCACCACCUAUGCCUCCUGGAGCUGGAGGACAUGGCCCCCCAUCAGCAGGAACCCCAGGGGCAGGACAUCCUGGUCAUGGACACUCACAUCCUCACCCAUUUCCACCAGGUGGGAUGCCCCAUCCAGGGAUGUCUCAGAUGCAGCUGGCACACCAUGGCCCUCAUGGCUUAGGACACCCCCACGCAGGACCCCCAGGCUCUGGGGGACAGCCACCACCUAGACCACCACCUGGAAUGCCUCAUCCUGGACCUCCUCCAAUGGGCAUGCCCCCCCGAGGGCCUCCGUUUGGAUCUCCUAUGGGUCAUCCAGGUCCUAUGCCUCCACAUGGUAUGCGUGGACCUCCUCCACUGAUGCCCCCUCAUGGAUACACUGGGCCUCCACGACCUCCACCCUAUGGCUACCAGCGGGGACCCCUCCCUCCACCCAGACCAACUCCCCGGCCCCCAGUUCCCCCGCGUGGCCCUCUUCGGGGCCCUCUCCCUCAGUAAAUUUGCAUUCUCCUUCUUGUUAUAUCCUCCCAAUAUCUUUUCCAGUCCUUGGACCAGUCAGAGUGGGUUAAGGCACUAAUCCCUUAUGGCCCCACCCCCAUUUAAUGUAAUUUUUUCCCACAGGAGGUAUUUCUUUUUUUUAAAUGUUGGUCCUAAGUGUUUUGCAAAUACCCAGAGAAAAUAAAAUUAAACUCCUUGUUUAUU